CCGUGAGAUCGGUUCGCCGUCAGUUUCCUGCUGCUGUAAGAAGAGCGGCGUCGAGACAGACUGGGAAGACUCAACACCACCACCUCCAAUAACUAUACUGUACAAUGAAACUGUUAGCAAUAUCUCCAUCUCUCGAUAUCCGCUUCGUCACGGUUAUAUCGCUGGUGAUGGGCCUCUCUACUCCUGGACAAGCAGAAAUCACCAGUCUGGACUCAAGCAACAUUGAUGACGUCCUAAAUAAUGCUGGGGUGGCAUUAGUGAAUUUUUAUGCAGACUGGUGCAGGUUCAGUCAGAUGCUCCAUCCAAUUUUUGAGGAGGCAUCAAACAUAGUGAGGGAGGAGUUCCCUAAUACCAAGCAGGUGGUGUUUGCCCGCGUCGACUGUGACCAACAUUCGGAUAUAGCCCAGCGGUACCGCAUAACCAAGUAUCCGACAUUGAAGCUGUUCCGCAAUGGGAUGAUGAUGAAGAGGGAGUACAGGGGUCAGAGGUCGGUGUCGGCCAUCGCUGACUUCAUCCGCCAGCAGCAGGUCGACCCUGUGAAAGAGUUACACUCAGUUGAGGAGUUUCCUACUGUGGAUAGGAGCAAGAGAAACAUCAUAGGUUACUUUGAAAAAAAGGACUCCGAUAACUACCACUCAUAUGAAAAAGUAGCCAACAUUCUUCGAGAUGACUGCACAUUCUUGGCUGCCUUUGGCACUGUGUCUGAGUCCGAGCGCUUCAGUGGAGACAAUGUAAUCUACAAGCCUGUGGGGGAGAACAUUCCUGACAUGGUCUAUCUCGGCUCACUCACCAACUUCGACCUGACCUACGCUUGGGCCCAGGACAAGUGUGUGCCUCUGGUCAGGGAGAUCACCUUUGAAAAUGGAGAGGAGCUGACUGAAGAAGGAAUCCCUUUCCUCAUCUUGUUCCAUGUUAAAGAAGAUGCACAGAGCUUAGAGCAGUUCCAGCAGGAAGUAGCUCGCCAGCUCAUCAGCGAGAAAGGGUCUAUAAACUUCCUGCACGCGGACUGCGACAAGUUUCGCCAUCCUCUGCUCCAUAUCCAGAAAACUCCAGCUGACUGUCCUGUCAUUGCUAUAGACUCCUUCAGACACAUGUAUGUCUUUCCCGACUUCAAAGACCUUGCUGUCCCUGGCAAGCUGAGACAGUUCGUGUUGGACCUUCACUCUGGAAAGCUACACCGAGAGUUCCACCAUGGUCCUGACCCCACAGACAGCACGCCUGGACAGGAGGAGACGGGAGAAGUGGCCAGCAGCCCACCAGAGAGCUCGUUCCAGAAGCUGGCGCCCAGCGAGACCCGUUACACCAUCCUCAGUAGGGACCGCGAUGAGCUGUGACCUCAACGGCCUUCCAGUGAUCCUGUGACUCAAUGCCACGCCCCGGGGUCAGGGAGGGGGUUAGGGUUGGGACAGGCCAGUGGGACAGAACAGCAACACCCAACACCCUUACUGAAGAGUGAGAGAUGCAGAGGAGGAGAAUGAAGAGGACGGAGGAGAAAAAGAAGAACAGGCGGCGAACAGAAGAGUGCAGUCCACAACGCAAACAUGUUGGAAUAACCUAUAUUUUCAUAACUCUUUCACGUACAAUUUUUAUUUUGGAUCAAAACGCAGUGGGGUAAAGAAGAAAAUGUGUGAGGGGCAGGGGUUAGGGGCAUUAGGACAUCAAGAGAAGUGUUUUUACUUUUAUUUUUGGAGCUUGUAAAUACGUUUGUGCUACAUGGGAGUCUCAUUGUUGGUCUAAAUUAAAUGCAGAGUUUUCUUUAUUUUAUUCCUUUCUUAUUCAUCACCGGGCUUUUUGUAGAGUAAAAAAAAACCACAACAACCCCAGAACAGUUCCCUCAGUCCAGUUGUAUGGUUCUUAUCUGUGGGUAGUACAGUUCAGCCUGUCUAAUAGGAGACACUUUUGUUUAGUGUCACUGACCUCAUGGCUGCAUCUCAAUAUGAACAACUAUAGUCUAAUUAGCACAAGUUAUAACGAUAUGCCUGUUUGAAGUAGCUUUAUCUCCGUAUCUUCUUCUCUCACACACACACACACACACACACACACACACACACACACACACACACACACACACACACACACAGAU